AUGAACGAAUGCCACUAUGAUAAACGUAUGGACUUUUUUUAUAACAUGAGCAACACUGCCACAGUAGAUGAGUGGUCAGGGACAAACCUUGUUAUUGUUUUAUGUUUUGGGACCUUCUUCUGCCUGUUUAUUUUUAUUUCAAAUUCACUGGUCAUAGCAGCUGUGGUCAAAAACAAAAGAUUUCAUUUCCCCUUCUACUAUCUGCUAGCCAAUCUAGCUGCUGCAGACUUUUUUGCUGGCAUUGCCUAUGUAUACUUGAUGUUCAACACUGGCCCUGUGUCCAAAACGCUAACUGUUAACCGAUGGUUUUUGCGUCAGGGGCUUCUGGACACCAGCCUAACAGCUUCUCUGGCUAAUUUAUUUGUGAUAGCUGUUGAGCGACACAUGUCAGUAGUGCGGAUGAGGGUUCACAGUAACCUCACAAAGAAAAGAGUCACUUUUUUAAUUUUAUUGAUCUGGGCCAUUGCUAUUUUUAUGGGGGCUGUGCCUACUUUGGGUUGGAACUGCCUUUGCAAUAUCUCAACCUGUUCUUCCCUGGCUCCUAUUUAUAGCAGAAGUUAUCUGAUAUUCUGGACUGUCUCCAAUCUAGUUGUUUUCUUCAUUAUGGUGGUGGUUUACCUAAGAAUCUACAUGUACGUCCAGAGGAAAACUAAUGUCUUAUCUCCACACACUAGUGGAUCCAUCAGCCGUAGGAGGACACCAAUGAAGCUUAUGAAGACAGUCAUGACCGUCUUAGGUGCAUUUGUUGUCUGUUGGACCCCUGGGUUGGUGGUUCUGCUGCUUGAUGGUCUGAACUGCACUCAUUGUGGGGUUCAGCAUGUGAAAAGAUGGUUCCUUCUCCUGGCCUUGCUCAACUCUGUCAUGAAUCCAGUCAUUUACUCUUACAAAGAUGAUGAAAUGUCCAACACCAUGAGACGGAUCAUGUGCUGCUCUUCUGAUGAUAAAAGCCAGGAGAGACGAUCUUCAAGGAUUCCUUCAACAGUGCUCAGCAGGAGCACAGAUACUACCGGUCAAUAUAUUGAAGACAGCAUUAUUCAAGGGACUAUCAGUGGCAAAGGAAACUCAUGA